AAAACCUUCCAAAUUAUUGACAUGUUUUAUAUGUGGGGCCCUGAUGAGAGAUGUACACCUCAAAGAACAUUUAUUAAUGGGAGGAGACUAUGAGUACUUAGUGCGAUUAGAAAGUAACCAGUUGCAAAGACUUCAAGCACAGUAUAGUACAUUAGAAAAUGUGUAACUUGAAAAGUUUACACAAUUAAGAAUGUGCCAUGAAACAGUUCAGAGUAUAUUUUGGACACGUUUUCAGAAGAAACCCAUUUUGACUUGCACAAAUGGAUAACAAAACUGAACCACUCAAAAGGGAAGUCGACCAGGGCGAAAACAUUCUGGAUGGAAAUUCCUCUCAACCAAAUAUAGGUAAAGACCAGAAACCAAUAAAUAUGUUUCCAUUAGAUGAACAUAAAAUAAAAAACUCGCCAAUUCAUAAAACUGCAGAUGGUGACUGUAUUCUUGCCCAGACAUAUGACCAUGAUCAUUUAGGUGAGGCAGUUGAAUUUCAGACUGCCAGAUAUUAUAGAGAGGUAAAAAGAGAAAGUACUGAGUUGCCUAGUGUAUCUAGUAGAGGGAUAAAAAUGCGUGACCGAAGAUUAUGUCCCGAGAUCAAGAUAAACAGUAAUAGAAGUAUUUAUACAAAGAGCAACCCGGAAAAAAUUAAUUUAUCAGUGUCUAGAACAUCUGGCAGUUUGAAUUCACCCAGAUUACCAAAUCUAAAGAAAAAAUCAAAGCCGCCAAAGAGAAAGUCAGUAUCCAACCGUUCACGAAGAAAUGGAGGUCCUAGAAAAACACGUAAACCAGAUGGGUAUUAUUUAGUAGUGUACCAUGCAAUCGAGGAGUGUCCAAUGUGUUACACUGAACUGUGCCCUUCAAGAUUCACCUUGAAUGUCAGAACCUUCCUCCUUUCUACAAUUUGUAUUGGAUGUAAAUUGGAUAUUUACAUAAAAAUUGAUCAUCCUGAUGCCCCUUCAUAUGUUUCUAUUCUGAAGAACGUGGAUUUCUAAGAAGCAGAAAGGUUUGAAGCAAAAGUGUGAACCACAGAGCUUGGCAGAAAAGCAAGGAUCGGUGAUUUCUUUAAGAAAUGAUGAUAAAUGUCACAAUAAUUUUUUUUACUGGCAUUUGAUGUUCUCUGCUUUAUAAGCAAAACAAGUAGUUACAUGUGCACCUCUUUCUACACUAGCCUGAUGUAUUAAUAAAAUUUUGAAACUGA